AUGUAUCCAUGGAGUAAGAGUCUCAACUCUUGGGCCCGUGGAACGGGACUGCAAAUCGAUGCCCUCGGCCUUGUUACGCUCCUCGGAGCAGAGGAGAUGGACCGCAGUAUCGGGCGACUCGUGCCAAGCCUAUACCUCAAAUACUUGCCGUUAUUAGGUGCUUUUGUGGUGGCUGGAAACCGAUUUACGACGAAGAAACCCGGAUUCGUUCUCUACAAUAUAUCAGCGGGGAUCACGACUACCGAGCUUGCCGGCUGGUUUUCGCGGUGGCUCCAGACACAGGACUUCAACCAGGUCCGGAGUAUUGUCAAAUGGCAGGUCAUGGAGCAGCCGCGCAGAUGGAAAGAAUUAAUCGUCGGCUUCCUGCUUGUUGGGUUGCCGGUGCACGGGAUGCUCAUCGCCCUGACUGUGUUGGGGGCGGACUGGUGGGGAUUUGCCAAUGUGAUAGCCAUGGCUAUUUCAGUGGCGGUACGAUUUAUAAUGGUAGCACAAAAUCAGGCCGGCAUCAAUGCGAACAUCCGGAAAGCACAAGAAGCAGCCGAGGCUUACCCGGCUAAGAGAGCGAAGUACGACGAGGCAAUGAACAGACUGGAGAGCCUUCAUCAGGGUGGACAGACCAUCGAGGGAAUCAAAAUACCCAUCGAGCCUCAAGACCCAAACAAAAUUGCCAAGGUGAUUGUGUUGACAGAGGACUCGAAGGUCAUCACUCUUUCAGUCCCCGCAUAUCUGCCGAAAUUCGCAUUUGCAGUCAAUCCCCAACCACCGAACCCAUACGUUUAUCGGGCGUGCCAAUGGAUAGGCUGGGCCUCUUUUGCGGUGCAUGUCAUAAGUAUCGGAAUGUCAGCCUUGUACACGCAAAUUAUCUCAGUGGUAGUGAUUCUCAUUUCUACAGUUCUCACGGCCCACAGAGUUGGCUGUGAAGAUUCUCGAAUAUGGGAAUCCAUUCGAAUUCACUGGCCCCGUGGUGAAAAUGAAGCGCAGGGUUAUAGCUGCUGGGUUAGCUCGAAACUCAAGGCCACCAUAUCUACCUACCCCGAAGAGUAUAUGGAUUGGCCUGAGUUGGAGGAACAGAAACCCACAACCGUGUUUGUAGGCAAUGAAAAGCAGAUUGCUCAACAAUGGAUCAGACCGGCAGGCCUAUCUGACUUGGAAUCUACUCCCAUCAAAAGAAAGAAGCCCGAAACUCGGCAGGAUUUACUUGCUUGGCUAGAUUUAACAACAGAGGAAGACACAGUGCUGGUGGCUUGGGGCCUCAUACCACACAACCUGGAAUGGAAGAAUGCAUAUUUAGAGAAAAAGGAAAUCCACCGGAGGAGGCUCAGGAUAAUAGAAUUGGAAUCUGCCCACUGA